AUGAAUAAUAGGAGAGGGUUUGAUUUUGAUAAUGAGUUUGCAAAGUUGUCUGAGUUUAGACAAAAGGAGAUCAAUUUGUUAAAACAUGAUGAUAUACUGAAAAGGAGACUGGAGAUAGAAACGAGGAUCCGAAACAGAAGCAGAUUAUAUCUAGAUGAUAUACGAUAUUUUGCUAAGGGUAGAUAUGAUAAAACUUCAUUAUGCUAUAUGAACACAAUGCUAAUGGACAAUGAUCGCUUGCGUACAGGUUGCCACCUGCACAACAUGAUUACGAAUACUCAACCCUCUAAUGCUGGGUCUGGGGAACGUUCAAAUGAUGGUGCAAGUUGCAGCGUAGGUCAGUCCUGUGAGUCAACAACUGCUAGGGGAAGUACAGCAGGUGAACUCGUUAAAAACAAUUCUGGCGAUGAAAAAGAUAGAAGUAUUGUAAGAAUUGGUCGGAAAAACCUAGAAGAGUAUGAGUGCAAUAACGAUCCAACAAUGGUUAAAGAGAUCAUUAAAAAUACCGAAAUUGCGAAAAUUCUCUUAGGAUCGAAAGCUGCAACUGUUAAGAAAGAAGUACAACCCCCUUUGUCUCUGCCCCCAAAACCCAGAUGUCUAGCAUUGAGUCUUAAGAGAAGGUUGGAUCCUACCAACGUUGACCAUUUUAAUCAUAAGAAAUUUAAGCGCUACAAAGAUUAUAAAAAUACCGAAGAAGAUAAAAAUAUAACCGAAUGUACUUCCGCCACAGUAGCUUUCAAGGUCUCUUCUUCGGCCUCAUGUGAUAAACAGGAUGGUCUGAGUAUUAUGGGUGCAUCUGCAUCCGAUUUUAAAAAUCAAUUAAUUGAUCCUAAUAAUAUUAGUGCCGCCGCACCAUGCAACAUGCCUUAUGAAGACUCCAACAGCAACUCAGAUUUCUUCAAACCUGACGAAUCAGAAACAAAUGCUAAAUCUAUAUUCCCUUGUGAGCAGAUAUCCAGUGCACCAUCUAUGACUUGUGGAACUUCUAUUCAAAAUUCAUAUUCAUCUGACAUAGCGAUGCAGACACCCAAUGGUCGUGAAUCUCCUAUGACACUUGUUGGUCCGACAAAUGUACCUGACAGUCGAGAAGGAAUUUCCGUUGACCGGAGUAGUAUUUCAAGAGACUCCCAAAACGUUUCAUCAGAAAAUGUAGUAACAACAAAGUUUCCUAAUGCCACUAAAAACUCUCAAAAGAACCGUAUUUUAGAGACCUGCCAAGAUCAUAUUACGCUUAAUAAAACCACAGAUGAUUCUGAAGGCCCCCGAGAUAUCGCUGUACCGACUAAGAAAAAAUCUAAAAAGACUAGAACAAAGUCUAGUUCAAGACUAGAACAAAGAGUUUCAAGCAGUAAUGAUAAUGCUAGUCCACCUAUCAAGCCUUUCAUACCAAGAGCUUUGAAAAAGAUGCGAAAACUAGCCCGUAAAUAUGAUUUAUAA